GUGAAAGCGCCGUCUCACUGAGGUGCCAUGCUCUUCGUGGCACUCGCUGCGCUCACGCCCUCCGCUUCUGCGGCGUCGGUUCCCAUCGACGAUGGCGCUACGGGCCUGGCUGUCGACAAAGAAGCGGUGAGAACGGCUGCGCGCGCUUUGGUCGCCGCCUUCGAGAGCUGCCUCGGUGCGGAUCCAUCGGCCACCGGCGUGGUGUUGGACGUGGGCGCGAACAAUGGCCGGUGGAGUUACGAGCUGAUGACCUCGCUGUCUGCGAGCGUGCGGAGGCGGACGCGCCUGCUCAUGUUUGAGCCACAACCCCGUUUUGUCAGCGUCCUGGCAGCCCUCACGAAACAGUUCGAAAACGUCCUGCACUUGCCAGUGGCCGCGUGGACGAAUGCGACCAACCUGACGUUCCACUUAGCCAAGGUCAAUAGCGAGACGGCAUCCCUCUCGAAACGGAAUGCCCGACGCUACGGGAACUCGGAGGCAAUCCAGGUUCACUCGGUCGACCUCGCUCGGAUCAUGCGGGACGAGCUGACGGGCAAGGCGUGUGCGCUGCUCAAGCUGGAUGUGGAGGGCGCAGAGUACCGUCUGAUUCCGCACCUGCUCGUCACCGGCGCGCUCUGCCUCCCCACCCACCUGUUCGUCGAGUGGCAUCUCAAUUCUGUGCCGGAGCCAGAGCGCCUUGCCGCACUCGCCUUGCGGCUCUCGCUGCCCGCCACACUCGACACGUGCGCCACGCCGCCACGGGUGCACGUCAACGACGACUACGCGCUGAACAACCUCUACACCCGCGUGCCCGGCCUCGACGCGCUGGCCACCCUCCACGAAGGCUCACACUCCAACCUGACGGAAGAGGGCAAGCUGACCGUCCGCAAGUGGGGGGCCACGCAUCGCCGCGCCGCGCUACCCGACCGCCGAAGGUGACGUCCGCGGGAGGGCGGGGAGGAGGACGGUGUGCGCUAACUUUUUGGCGGCGCCGGAAAUCUGAACCGUCCGUGUGGUGUUCUCUCAAGCGCCAGAGCGCGGGUGCCGGUUUACGGUUAACCCUCACGUC